GGUGUUAGUCGGAUGUAUACGGAUAAAGAUAAUGGUUAGGAUUAGUUUAUGCUAGAUCCAUGUAUUCUAUAUUCUGGUUAUUGCAUUGACGCCAGGGAGACAUAACAAAAGUGUGCAGAUAAAUUCAGGAAAUUAAAAUAUUUUUGAAAACUUUCUGAAUGCAAUUUUACGCAUAUUUAAGUAACCUGUCUUGCAGAUAACACGUGCAGUAGUCAUGCAUUCAUUUACUCUGAUAUUCCAGUUAUGUAUAGCUAUUUUUAUGCAUUAAUUUCACUAUUAAGACAUAUCUUUGUUGAUAAUAUACCUGACUUUACUCGUGAACGACAUAUCACAUGAUUAGGUCAUGUGAUGAAACCCAGAAGGGAUAUAUUAUAUCUCUGCAAGAUUUUCGGAAGUUCAGUUUCAUCUUUAUCGAAAAUUCAGUUUGGUGGUUCAUCGAGAACGGAGAGAUGAUGUAAAAUACGUUUCAAUGGCAACUAUGAAACAUAAUGUGUUGCAAAGUAGCAAAUCAUGUCUGCUCUAAUUCAAAUGCGUAUACAGGAAUUCUAAACUCUUAAAGGAUAUUUUAAUAUGAGUUUUUUAAAGGUACUGUCGGUGUUACUGCUGUUAGUGUCACAAAAGACCACCGCUUCUUUGUAUACAAUUACAGUGGACGCAAAAAAGCCUGAAAGAGAUUUGAAGCAUUUCUGGAAAAGCACCGGGUUUUGCCCUCCUCUGCCUCAUGAUACAGCUGACAAAUAUGUCCUGAGUAAGGACCAGCAGAUGAACCUGGCAUAUAUUGGCUCCAUCCCCCACAAAGGCAUCGAACAGGUUCGGAUUCAUUGGUUGUUGGAGCUUGUCACCGUGAAUGUUGUAAAUGAAGAACCACAUUACAACUUCACCAAGCUGGAUAAACUUAUUGACCUGUUGUGGCAGAAUGGAUUGAGACCAGGCUUUGAGUUGAUGGGAAGCGCUGGUGGAUACUUCACUGACUUUGAGGACAAAAGGCAAGUGAUGGAGUGGAAAAAAAUGGUCUCCCUUCUGGCAAAGAGGUACAUUGAUAAGUAUGGCUUAGGAUAUGUUUCCAAGUGGAACUUUGAAACAUGGAAUGAACCCAACAAUCAUGAUUUUGACAAUGUUACUGUAACAAUCCAAGGUUUCCUCAAUUACUAUGAUGCCUGCUCUGAAGGUCUGAAGGAUGCAAGUCCCUUAUUGCAGCUUGGGGGCCCAGGGGACUCCUGUCACUCCCCUCCUCACUCUCCCUACUGUUGGGCCAUGCUGACUCACUGCUACAACGGCACCAACUUCUUCACUGGGGAGACUGGUGUUCGGCUGGACUACAUAGCACUGCAUAAGAAGGGUGAAGGUAGCUCUCUCCGUAUCUUGGAACAGGAAAUAGAAACCAUAAAGGAGAUACAGCAAUGUUUUCCCUCAUUUAAAUACCUUCCUGUUUACAACGAUGAAGCAGAUCCACUGGUCGGAUGGUCUAAACCACAACUGUGGAGGGCAGAUGUAACUUAUGCAGCCAUGGUUGUAAAGGUUAUUGGUCAGCACCAAAACCUGCUCAUGGCAAGUCCAGAGAACACCAUCAAUUACACCCUGCUGAGCAACGAUAACGCCUUCCUCAACUACCACCCACACUACUUCACCCAGCGCACCCUCACCGCUCGCUUCCAGAUGAACCACACACGUCCUCCUCAUGUUCAGCUGCUGAGGAAGCCUGUGCUGACAGUCAUGGGCCUCCUGUCACUCUUAGGAGAGAAGCAAAUAUCAGCUCAUAUAACUGCGGAUGGGAAAGGUAAAGAUUCUACUUUGGGCGUCAUUGCCAGCAUCCAUGAACCUAAUUUCCCUGAAACAUCAAAUAGCUGGCAGUCCACUAUAUUGAUCUACAACAGCAGAGACAACACCACCUCUCCUGAUACAAGCUAUGUUACAGUCCAUCUUAAUGGAUACGCCACUCAUCCAGGGUUGGUGUAUGUGACUUAUCAUCUGGACAACAAUUCCACAAACCCGUAUCAACUGUGGAAAAGCUUUGGAAGCCCCGACUUUCCUACCAUUGAGCAGUUCCAUCAACUGAGGGAAGCUGAGGAUCCACUGGUGACUGGACCUUUUCCCUUCCCCUCUGAAGGCAGUCUUACCCUGAAAGUGGAGCUGCCCAUCCCCUCUGUUCACCUCAUUCAUGUGUGUGCCCAGCCUCAGGCAGCACCAGAUCAGGUGACAGGUGUGGCUUUCCUCACAGUGACUAAGGGACAGGUGCUGAUAUUAUGGAAAGAUGGCUGUGUCAAUUCCAAGUGUAUAAAAACCUACGAAGUGGAAUUCUCACAGGACAAGAAGUCAUUCCAAAGAAUUAAUGUCAGGGACACAAUUUUUACAUUAUACACGUAUGCCCCAGAAAGCACAGAAGUUUCAGGUUUCUACAAAGUGCGUGCAGUGGACUACUGGGAUAGACCCGGGGCAUAUUCUAUUCCGGAAAAAUACAGUGAAGAGCUCUGAUGAACACUUUAUUUGUCGGAUACACAUUUUUAUACUACUUCUGUGCCUCUGCUGGUAUUUUUUGCCAAAAAAUAUUUAUAGACUGUACGUUUUAUUUUUAUGAGCAGUGCUAUAAAGGGAAUAUUGUGUUGUGUAUUCAAUAUUGACUCUGUUAACUUUUUGUAUUGGGAUUAGUUGCUUGAUUGAGUUAAUGCUUUAAUGAACAUGAAAAAUUACACUAUUGCUCUUUUAUAGAGAUUAUAAAAUUGUAAACAUUUCGCAAAAAAUGAAAAAAAUGCAUUAUUAGUGAAUACAAUAGAACAUGACUGGUUUGUGCAGAAAAACUAUAAGAUUGAAUAAGAGUGUACUGCUGAAUUUCCCACAUUGAAGUUUCACCUUCUCAAAUCAGUGUGGACUGAUACACACUGAGUACACAAGAACCUGAACUACUAAGUACUGCAGAAGAUGUCGUCUGGGUUACUUCAUAUUUAAAAAGUAUGGAAAACUGCUUUUUUAUUUUUUGGACAAGGUCAGAGCUUGAAUAAAUGUGUUUUUAAAGGCUAAAGCUGACCAGCUCUCUUGACUGCAAUACCUAAAAACAGAACAGGAUUUCUUCCCCAUGCUAAGACUUUAUAAUGUACUUAUUCUGUACCUUGCAUGAUAUAUUCGUAUUUCAGCAGUUUGUGUAGUAGUAACAUUAGCUCUGUUAUAUUGUUCUUUUCAUUGGACACACUUAGCUACAAUUCUGUAUAAAACUCAUAAAUGUACUUUUCAAACUG